CAAGUCCUGCGCCAGUAUAUCACCUCCAACUGCGUUGCAUCCGAUAUUGCAGCUUAGCCAGAGUCCCUUGUGCAUUCAUCACGAAGGUUCAGACUUUGGGAUCACAGGAGCUUGAAGACCUACUCAUCUUUUAUCAACGAGUAUUGCUCCUCGAGACUUGCUAGUCUGGGCUGCGAACUUCACGAUCAUCAACGCAGGGAUCUGGUACAGCGCAAUCGUGUUAGACUUUCGGUGCUGAUCGACUAGGGUUCAGCCUUCAUUGGAAUUAAAUCCGUGGUCUUUCGUCGAGACAGUCGAUUUUGAUCUUCUUCCGGGUAGAUCUCGUCGUCAUGGAGAGAGCUUCGUAUGCGGUCGCAUUGCUGGCUGUUACGUGCUUGAUAGCAUCAGUGAAUGUCUUCGCUCAGUCCAAUAUUCCUUCGUUUCUGAAUGACGUGGAGCCAGAUAACACUGCUUGGAUGCCAGAUAAUUCUGGAAAUGAUGGAAAUCCGUCACCACCUGCGCCAGUAACACCCACACCACCCACAACGCCCGCAACUCCCUCACCAUCAGCAGGUUCACCACCUGCGUCGACUGGAGCUUGUCCCGGAGAUCCUGGAUACCAAGAACCAUGGGAUUCAACUUUCUGGGAUAACUUCAACAUCGUCACCAAUGGUACACACGUACGCGUCAGUGCCGACGGAGACGCCUGUGACAUGCAGCUAGAUGCAGAUUGUUCUGCGGUGUUUGGAUCUAAAUAUCAGUACUUCACUGGGUAUUUUAGUGCUAAGCUUCAGCUUCCAUGCGGCAACUCAUCUGGAACUGUGUUCGCAUUCUACACCUCUUCGGAUGGGAAAAUGGAUGACCAUGACGAAAUUGAUAUUGAAUUGCUUGGUAACGAAACCUCCAAGCACAUCACUAUGCAGACCAAUAUCUUCAUCAACGGUGUCGGUGAUAGGGAAAUGCGCCACAACCUUGACUGGUUUGACCCAUGCACCAGCCAUCAUGACUACUUCAUCAAGUGGAAUUCCAACAUUGUCGUAGUUGGAGUUGAUGAUAUCCCUCUCCGCGUUCACAUGAACAAUGAGAAGAACGGUCUCCCAUAUUUUAACAAGGGACAGGGAUUGUACGUGUCAUACUGGGACGGAAGCAGCUGGGCUACUCAAGGUGGUCGCAUCAAAAUCGACUACGCGAUGAACGCGCCGUUUAUUGCUAAUUUGAACGGGUUCCAUCACAUGUCGGCUUGCCAGGUUCCGAGUGAGAGGGACCUCGGAAGUUGCAAAUACCCUGCUGUGGCUCCAUGCUGGGACAGGCCAUCUGAUCAUUACCUUACCGCGAAGCAGAAGACCGAUUUCGAGUGGGCGAACAACAACUUCUGUAUCUACGACUACUGCAAGGACGACCAGCGAUUUGCCUCGACGGGAAAACCAGCAGAAUGCAACAUCCCACUCUAUUAGAUCUCAUACUCUUCUUCGAGCAUCUGUCUGGGCCCCAGUGGCAUUCAUUCUAAAUAAGUAGCAUCCCACUUAGACAUCGCUAAUUUAAUUCAUUGGUGUUGCUGUCCCCCUGCAGUGGUCCAGCAUUGCAAGAUGGGGGGUUAUUGAUCGAGUCACGAUGCUCGGGGAACUCGUUGGGAAAGGGUGCUGGAGUGGUCGCACUGCCGCCUCCCAUUGCAUUAGAUGUCUAGCGGCGUUCAGCGAACUGAAACAUAUUUGUACUAGAGUGCUUAACAAUUCCUUUCUCCCAGUUUUUAAUACUCGGGAUGACUUAUUCUUCACUCUU